AUGCACAAGCUGAAGUUGACGCUCGGGAUCCAGCGGUCCGAGCAGCUGGCGCCCGGCGAGGCGACGGCGGCGCUGCUGGCUCUGGCCCCGGCGCCGUUGCGCCUCCCCACGCUUAUCCUGGCGGGGGCGCCGCUGGUGGCCGGCAAUCUUGAGACGGCGACGCUGGUGCCGCCGCGUGGCGGGGGCGCUGCUGAUGGCGGCGCCGACGCCAGCGACAGCGACAGCGACGACGACGCCGCCGCGCGCCCGCCGCUCAACCCGCUCGAGGAAGAGGACUUGAACGACUACGCCCCCGGCGGCUACCACCCGUGCUUCAUCGGCGAGACCUACAAAAACGGCAAGUACACCUUGGUGCGCAAGUUGGGGUGGGGCCACUUCCUGACGGUGUGGCUCGCCCGCGACAACGACAAGCACAGCCAUGUGGCGAUGAAGGUGGUGCGCCUGGCGCGCCAGUACACGGAGACGGCGCUCGACGAGAUCAAGAUGUUGGACAAGAUCACGACGCUGGACGUCCUCCACCCCGGGCACGACCACGUGAUCCAGCUCCUCGACACCUUCACCCAUAAGGGCACCAACGGCACUCACGUGGUGAUGGUGUUCGAGGUGUUGGGCGAGAACUUGCUCAGCCUCAUUAGGCGGUACAAGCACCGCGGCAUCCCCAUCGUGUUUGUCAAGCAAAUCGCCAAGCAGUUGUUGCUGGCGCUCGACUUCCUCCACCGCAAGUGCGAGGUCAUCCACACUGACAUGAAGCCGGAGAACGUCCUCAUCGAGAUUGGCGACGUCGAGCUGAUCGUGCGCUUAGUCGAGGAGGAAGAGACCCACCAGCGGCUCCAGCGCAAGGCGCUGCGGCGGCUGAAGGCGAGCGCGGCGCUGUUGGUCGACGCCGACGCCCACCAGUUGCUGUUCCUGGCGCAAGCGACGCUGAUCCCGGCGGCGACGCCAGCACCAACUACAGCGGCGCCGUCCCUUGGGCGCAACGGGCGCCGCUCGCGCCGCCAGACGUUGAUCACGGGGUCGCAGCCGCUCCCGUCGCCCCUCAGGACCCUCAACAAGUCGUUCACCAACGUCAGGGGGUUGUCGCUGCUGACACAAAACACCCCCGUGCGGCUGCCGCUCAUGCUGGCGCUGGGCGCCGACAUCGGCGCCUACGGGCUGAUCAUCGAGAUGGCCCACGCCGAGGAAGCCGCCGCCGCUGACGCCCCCCUACACCUGCUGUUGCUGAGCAUGCUGAUCCUGGGGACCACCAUCGGCGCCGGAGGCACCGCCGCCACCGGCUACUCGGUGGACGACGCCGGCGCCGUCCCCCCCGACAUCAUCAACGAGAAUGAGCUCAUUUCGGUGAAGAUCGCCGACUUGGGCAACGCGUGCUGGGUGAACCACCACUUCACUGACGAGAUCCAGACACGCCAGUACCGGCUGCCCGAGGUGCUUUUGGGGUACCAUUGGGGGGCGCUGGCCGACUUGUGGCUGUUUGCCUGUCUCAUCUUCGAGCUCUUGACCGGCGACUACUUGUUCGACCCCCGCGACGGCAAAACCUACACCAAGGACGACGACCACAUCGCCCAGAUCAUCGAGCUCAUCGGGCCGUUCCCCCGCCAGAUGCUCAAGGAGCUGUUCUACACCAAGGAGUUCUUCAACACCCGCGGCGACCUCACCCGCAUCGCCAAGCUCAAGCCGUGGGGGCUCAAGGAGGUGUUGGUGGAAAAGUAUAAGUUCGCUGCCACCGACGCCGACGAGAUCGCCGACUUCCUCAUGCCGAUGCUCGCGAUCCAGCCCGAGGCCCGCGCCGACGCCGGCGGCAUGGUGAACCACCGGUGGCUCGCCGACGCCCUCGGGCUCGAAAACGUCGUGUUGGAACGGCCCGUCGGCGGCAGCGGCGAAGACAUCCCCGGGUGGCUGCGUGAGGUCGACCGCGACGGCAAAAACAAGAUCUACUACCACCACCACAACCACUGA